UCAUCAUACAGGAAAACAAGUUAUUUAUCCCUUAUAUGAAAUACUGGUGGUUGUGUUCAUCGUGUUAAUUGCAGUUCUCUUUCGGAUUCAUUUAUAAAUUAUUAUUUAAAAUGUAUACGGGGUAUCUUUUCAUCACGGCUUUUUCUAUCUUGGCAAUGACGGCAGUCUGCGAUGAUUCUAUUUCUACAAGUUUGGAAGGAAAUAAAAUGAGCAUGCCAGUGGAUGAUUUAUGUACAACGGCGGGAUUUGUCAAAAACCCUAAUGUGCCGACAAAGCAAACCGCUACAGGAGGCACAAAGCAGGCCUCAACCGGCGACAAAGAUGCGCCUGCGAUGUCCAUCACAGCCAUCAUCCUGACAGUUCUCGGCGUUAUGGUUUUCAUACUUGGCGCGGGUUUAUUCGCCCUUUAUUUGCACAAUAAACAGAAAGUGAAUUAAAUGAUAAAACAUAUACCAUGCAGCAUAUACCAUGUUUAGUUUAGUUUUUUCUUGUAUUUACUAACACAUCUAGAGAUAAGAUUAAUUAUUGUAUACUAACAAAUUGUAUGAGUCUUGUUACUUGUGAAAUAAAAAUGAAAUUGAAAUUGAAAACUAUCA